UUAUAUACAAAGACCAACGUCCGGCCCUUCACCUUCUCAGGCUUGCCACCGGACGUCAGUGCAUCUAGUGAAAAAAAGAAAUGUGCAUAUAGAUCAGUGCAGUAAGAGUUGUUUGCCAGUUCCCACGAUGUCGUGGCGUUCGCAAGGACGCGGCGCCAGCGCAUGGCGCCAACGCCUUGCGCCGCUCCGGCAGGAAGCGGCUUCAAAGGGGUUCGUUGCUCGCUCCAGCAUGUCCUCAGUACUGGAAGAGCUGAAGGCCGUGGAAGCAGAGGCCCAGGAUCAAGAGCUCGCGGAGGACCUUCCUUUCUUAGUACAACAGCUCUUGGGGCCGCCACCAUCUGUUGGAGCGGCGCAAGGCGGAAACGCCAACAGGGACACCACCGCCCAAGUAGCACUCUGCCGCCUGCUUGCCAGCGUCGCCACCUCCCGCCCCCUCCGACUGCACCCCUCCGCCGCCAACCUCAUCCUCGCGGCGUUGCGGCAAUGGGCUGACGUGGCACCUCCCAUGCAGCCCGCCUCUCCUGCAGCAACCGCAACCUCUCCCUCCCCCGGCCUCCCAGCCAACACCGCGCCCUCCUCCGCCAGCUCAACCGUCGACCCCGCCCCAUCUACCGCCUUCACAGCCACCACCACCACCACCAUCGUCACGGAGUCCAGCCUGCACACGGAGGCGCUAGCUGCGCUUGCCGUACUGCUGCCGGAGCACCUGGGGGCGCUGCCGCACCACGAGCGGGUGGCGCAGCUGGCGGCCCUGCAGUCGCUGCUGGUGCCGCACCAACACCAACACCAGCAGCACCAACACCAGCACCAACAGCAGCAGACAUCCCAGCAGCCAUCCCAGCAGCAGCAGUCACAGUCGCAGUCGCAGCACCAGGUCCGCCCCGCGGACGCACUGGAGUCCCAGUGCCUGGCCCUCACCGCCCUGGCAGCCUGCUUCAGCCGCUCCAGCCCCCAAUCCACAUCCUCCACCACCUCUUCUUCCUCCGCCCCCUCCAACACCACCCCUAGCACCACCAGCACCAGCCUUACCCCGGAC